AUGGAGUCAGAAAAUGAUUCUCAAGGAAGUCUGGCUAAUACGACCAUUGUGGCGGCAGAACCAGAUAUUAGUGAUAUGAGGUAUCUGGACUUGAGGGCCAAAUUGAAGGGGAUGGGCUUAAGCACGAAGGAUAUAGAAGAAUCGCUUCAAACAAUUAGCGGCGAAGGUACGAUUAAUGUGAAAUGUUGGAUGAGAGAAUUCGAGGAGAUGGCAGAAGUAUGCCAGUGGGAUAGUACGCGAAAAAUAAUUUAUUGUAAACGGCUAUUACGAGGAUCAGCAAGAUCAUUUGUGCGAUAUGAAAAGUGUUGUAUGACGUGGAAGAAGCUUAAGAAAACGCUAUUGAAUGAAUUUGGGGAAGUAAUAAGUGCGUACAAGGUCCACGAAUUACUUGGAAAACGAAUGAAGGAAACUGGAGAAUCUUAUCAAGAGUAUGUAUACACGAUGUGUGAAAUCGCUGCUYAGGCAGGAGUAGAUAAGAUGAGUACGAUACAAUAUAUUGUGAAUGGUGUGCGAGAUGAGCCAUUCAAUAAAGCUAUUUUAUACGGAGCAACGACGAUCAGCGAGCUAAAGAAGAAAUUCAAAUUAUACGAGGCGAUAAAAGGGGAAUUGCAGAGGAAGACAAGAACGCCGAAGGUGCACGAUAGCGGGGGAACGAAAGAACGACCACGCGGAUCAGCUACAAAGGCCAGUGACGAACGCUGCUACAAGUGUGGAGAGUCGGGCCAUCGGCAGUGGAAGUGUCCAUCGAAGGCCAAAGGCGUGAAGUGCUUUCAGUGUAACGAGUUCGGCCACAUCUCAAAGGAUUGCAAAAAGAACAUAAAGCAGCAGGUUAAUCCGAAGGAAGCGUGCAGUGUAGAAGCGGGGGUGGGUGAAGAGUGCAUCAAAGUGGUUCACAUAGGAGACAUUAGGAUUGUGGCGCUUAUCGAUACAGGCAGUAGUUUAAGCUUUAUUACAAUGGAAAAAUAUUUUGAAAUCGGUGCACCUGAAGUAGGUAAGAAAAGUUUGCAAUUCCGGGGCGUGGGUUCCGGUUUAAAUAAGACGUAUGGCGAGAUGGAUACGAUGGUCACCAUUGAUGGGAAAGGGUAUCCGAUCAAGUUACAUGUGAUUUCAGGCACUCUUAUAAAACAUGGCUUGCUCUUCGGAAAUGACUUUUUGAAAAAUUUAAAAGUAGUAAUAGGCGCGGGCAAAGUUUGCAUUCGUGACAUAGAGGAAAGUCCGUUGACGGACGAAGUGGUACACGAGAUUUUUAAGAUCAAUAUAAUUAGCGAGCGGAAUGAAGUGGAUCUGUCCCAUAUUACAAACGCGAGAUAUAGGGGAGAAAUAGAGACGCUAAUAACGAAUUAUCGACCGAAAAAGGUUCGUGAGACAGAUCUAGAAAUGAAUAUAAUCUUGAAAGAUGAAGAACCAGUGUACGCGCGUCCGAGAAGGUUAUCGCCGAAAGAAAAGGAUGAGGUGGAUGCCGAAAUAAACAAGUGGUUAGCGGACGGUAUCAUACAGCCGUCGUUUCCCGAUUACGCUAGUCCGGUGGUAUUAGUUAGGAAGAAGGACGGGUCAGAAAGGUUGUGCGUUGACUAUCGAAAACUAAACGAUAAGAUUGUAAAGGAUCGGUAUCCGUUACCACUAAUCAAGGAUCAACUAGACGCCUUACAGGGCGCGAGCGUAUUCACUACUAUCGACUUAAAGAACGGGUUUUUCCAUGUGUCGGUAAAUAGGGACAGUCGAAAGUACACGGCAUUCGUGGUGCCGAACGGUUAUUACGAAUUUCCAAAGGUCCCGUUUGGAUUGUGUAAUUCGCCCGCCGUGUUUCAAAAAUACAUUAACUUGGUAUUUAGGGAGCUAAUAGUUUUAAAAAAAGUAUUAAUCUACCUGGAUGACAUAAUUAUACCUUCCGACAGUAUUGAGGAUGGGAUGGAUAACCUAGCGUUAGUAUUAAAAACGGCGAGCGAAUUCGGGUUAGUAAUUAACUGGAAGAAAUGCGAGUUCUUGCAGAAACGCGUAGAGUAUUUAAGACACAUAAUCGAGGACGGUCGGGUACAGCCGUCGAUCGCUAAAACAGCGGCGGUCCCGAGAUUUCCUAGGCCAACCGACCGCAGGGGUAUACAAAGUUUUCUAGGUUUGACGGGGUAUUUUCGCAAGUUUGUGCCACAGUAUUCGGUUAUUGCGAGACCGUUGUCCAAUCUAUUAAGAAAAGAGGUAAAAUUUAAAUUUGGGUACGAAGAGGAGGAAUCCUUUAAGAAGCUUAAGGAGAUAUUGUGCAGUAAGCCAGUAUUGCGUCUAUACAGAGUGAACGCCGAAACCGAACUCUAUACGGAUGCGUCGAGUAAAAAAAAAUUGCGGGGCAAUUUUGAUGCAGCGUGA